GUCGUACAACGCCGUACAAAAAACCGUAGGUAAUUGACAUGCGUUUCACUUCCAGUCUGGCGUAGUGGCGUCCUCUUAAAGAAUAAUUAAUAAAGUAUCUAAAUCUAUUAUGUUUGAUGAGAAUAUCGACUGAACACUUUUCACCGACUGGCUGCUACUCUAUUACCUACUCAGUACUCUGCUAGCGGUUUUGACACUGUUAACUAACCACCGACUACUGACGUGCGGACACCUACCUUUUCCAGACGUCUGACGGCUAAUCGCCAAAAACAGUUCCGAAGACAUUUCCUCGUCAUCGCAACACUUGCAAACCCAACACCGUUAUCUGGAAACCAUAAUAUCCACAAGUAUUAACGAGUUCGUUUAGAUGAUUAGAAGAGUGUUCAUUCCAAAAUGUCUGAACUUCAACAAUCAAGCCACAAACUAAUUAAUCUCGAUACUGUCGACUCAACAUCUAAAUCAAAAUGCGAUGUAGCAUCCAAAAUAGCCAAACAUCAACCGUCAAGCCGCAAACUAAUUUAUCUCGAUACUGUCAACUUAACAUCUGAAUCAAAAUACAAUGUAGCAUUCAUACCUCAGCCAUUUUACAAAUAUAUAUAUACAAUUAGUGAACCGGUGGCUUUUAAUUGUGACUCAGAAGUUAAAUCUGAAUGUGGAUUAUCACAAGGCAAAACUCAUUUGAUAUUUAAAUUCACAUUGUCAAAGUUAAUAUUAGAUAUGGUAAAAAGACAAGGAAAAAGAUUCCAAUUCCAGAUCCGAUUUGGAGAACAGCUGGCAGAGGAAAGUAAUUUAUCAGAUGGAUUACCAGGGAAAAUAUAUAUAUGUUUCAAUUUGAAGCAUUCAUCCAAAGCCAAAAAGAGCCCUAUAACUUUUGACGGCAGUACUUUAAACAUUGAAAAUGAGAUCUCAAUAUUGUGGCCAUUUUGUAAAAAAACAUAUUACAUAGGGCUCACUAUUGUAGAGACCAUGUCGGUUGAAGGUUUGGUAAGACAAGUAAAUUUUUACAAUAAAUUAUAUGGUAUGAGACUAAAUACAAAAGCUAAGGCCAUAGAAUUAAUGAAAAGUUCAGGUAAAGAUUCAGCGUCCUAUGAGUUCAUCUUAUUGUGUUCAAUAACCCAAUCAAAAAUGAAGUUACCAGCAAGAUCUCUAAAUUGUAGUCACUUAAAAUGUUUUGAUAUGUGUACAUUCAUUAUUGCAAAUAAGGCAAAACCGAGUUGGAUAUGCCCUGUUUGUAAGAUACCCAUUCCAUUCCAUGACUUGGUAAUAGAUAAAUUUAUUUUUGAUAUUAUUACUGAUUCAAAUCUUCCUAAAAAUAGCUUUGGAAUAACAUUAUAUGCUAAUGGUGAAUGGGAACCAUAUAUUGUUGAGAUUAUAGAAGGUAAUGAACACAACUAUCCAAAAUAUUCAUCUUAUGAAGAUUUGAUUAAUCCCUAUUUCUAUGAUGCAAAUCUCCCAGUUGAAAAUCCUUUCUUACCAAUAACAAAUGGUUUGAAUACUAUUGAACAAACGCUUGCCGAUCUGACCAUAGACAGUACAGACAUCAAACAAGAACCAUCUACUAAAAUCCUUAAAACAGAAGAUGCUGAUAAAUAAAAUCAUUCAUAAUAUGAAAAUUUAAAUUUAGUACAAAUAAUAAUUUAAGUUUUUAGUGUUAUUGUAAGUAUAAUAAUAUAUUAUAUUUUAUAAUUUAGAUGUUUUACUAAUCUAUCAAUAACAUAUAAAAUAAAGGGUACAAAAAAAAAAAUUGAAUUGUUUUAAAUUUUAUAUGGACCUUAUUGUAACUAUACACUUUAUUACGCUGAUUAUAUAGAAGUUAAAAUGUAUAAAUAUUUAUAUUACUUAUUAAUUUAUUACUUUUAUUAAGUAGGUAUAUUAUCUGUACCGUGUAGAGUAAGUUAGCAGUGGUUCGCACCUAUACUGGCUACUACUUGCAGUUAGUCGAGUACGAUAUCUUAUAGAAAUCUAAGAUUUAUUUUUUAGACGUAUGUCUGUAUAGUGAUGAACUGAUGACGGUGGGCAUCGCGAUUCACGAGAACAAUCAUUAAAUUUAAUCUAAACCAACCAAUUAAUUAAAAAAAAAACAAAUAUAAUAGUCGACGAUACAAGUUAAAUAUUUAUUUUUAUUUUUUAAAUUAGGUAUCCAUUGUGUUUUAUUUAUACUUAUUUGAUAAUAAUAAUUACUUGAAUAUUAA